CAGAUCUUUCCAUUUAGAAGAAGAAAGAAAAUAAAUCAAAAAAGAAAGAAAAAAGAACUACGAAAAAGAAAACGCGCUUGGAAUCCCAAAAAGACAGACAGGCAAGACAGAUUUAAAGUACCUUAGAAAACAAUAACAAACAGAAACGCCUGCUGCGACCAAACACACAACCCACCCCCCUCCCUCCACCCUCCUCGUCGAAUAAUAGAUCCCGCCGGUCCUUGCUCACGACGCUAAAGCAGGACUAUCGCAGAAGCAUUGCCAAUCCCCCACACGCGCAACUACGCCCGUCUUUCCCCGUUCAGGCUGUCGUGAAGCGAAUCGCUGCCCAGCCAGACGCACCCUCGUUGUCCUUGGCGCGGCUGUAUCAUAGCGCGCGAGAUCGAGAAUCCACCGCGUGCUGCACGCAGCUCUGACGUGGUUUGCCAACAGAGCAGUUAGAGACAAGCCCCCGUUCUAAAUCCAGUAUCUCUGCACGUUCUCAGAACAGCUAAAAAUCAUGUCGUCGACCUCUCCCUCGAAGGAACCGGAGGUGGAACCCGAAGUUCAAUCGGGUGAAGACCAGGAACAAAUGGAUAAGGACCAACAAGACACUCAGGCGCAGGGUCAGGGAGAGUUCGAGGUGAAGGAGCAGGAUAGAUGGCUGCCAAUUGCAAAUGUGGCCCGCAUCAUGAAGCUGGCCUUGCCUGAAAAUGCCAAAAUCGCAAAGGAGGCCAAGGAGUGUAUGCAAGAAUGUGUGAGCGAGUUUAUCUCAUUCAUCACUAGCGAAGCCUCCGAGAAAUGCCAGCAGGAAAAGCGCAAGACCGUCAACGGGGAGGACAUUCUAUUCGCCAUGACCUCCCUCGGGUUUGAAAACUAUGCAGAGGCCCUUAAGAUUUACCUGUCCAAGUAUCGCGAGACCCAAUCCGCAAGAGGCGAGCACCAGAACCGUCCAACAAGCAGUGGAUAUGGUGCUGGCGCGCCCGUAGGGGCCCCCGGGCCUGCCGGUCCUGGUGGCCGUCCAAUGGGACCUGGUGCAGGGUUUCCUGAUGCUGCUGAUAGCGCCAACAAUAUCAUGAACCAAAGCUUGGACCCGUCUGAGCAGGACACUUCCGCCUAUGGCUACCCCCCGAUGGUCGGCCAGCCGCACAACGGCACCACCGGUGAAUCUUAUUACAAGGGUCUUCUUCAGAAUCGGACAAGCAGAGACUCGAACAUCAGCCUCCCUUCACCCCUGCAGAGGCUGGAUGCCCCUCGUCUCCAGCAUGAAAGGCGGCUGGGAUCACAGGCCCAAGCGACGAACGUUUCCGGAUGUUACUCCCUGUACAGCGAUCCUAAUUACGCGGUACGAUACAAUGGGUUACUUACGGGAUAUUAA